CGUUACGAUAAAAGACAAGUUUUUCGGAGAGCGUAUUCGCAGAGAGCCGUUUCAAUGGUCGUGGCGAAUAUGUUCCACGCCGUCGUCAUCGCCGCCGCCGUCGUAGGGCGCCUGACGAGCUAGUUUCGACGGGCCAGCGCGACGGUAGCCGCCGAGCCGCGUCUCGGUGCCUCGGUGCUCGUCAGUUAAUAAACGAGCGCGAGCACGUUACGACGCGCGAGCGCGACUCUGGGUCUCGUCGCAGUCACUAAGCCGCCACUAUCAUCGCCACCGCCGCCACCGCCGUCGUCGCCGCCGCCGCUGCUGUUGCCGUCACCGUCGCUGUGGUUGUUGCCGUCACCGUCGCCGCUGCCGCCGCCGCCGCUACCGCUACCGCCGUAACCGUCACCAUCGUCUCCCCGAAGAUGACCAUAAUAGUAUUUCUGAUCGACACGUCGGCCUCCAUGAAUCAGAGGGCUUAUUUGGGGGGUCGACCCACGCUCUUGGACGUAGCCAAGAGCGCCGUGGAAACCUUCGUGAAGGUACGACAGAGAUCGCCGGAGAGCCGUGGGGAUCGUUACAUGCUCCUGACCUUCGAAGAUCCACCUCAGAACAUCAAGGCAGGAUGGAAAGAGAACCUGGCGACCUUCAUGAACGAACUCAAAAACUUGCAAUGCGUUGGCUUGACGACCCUAGGUGCCGCCUUGAAGCACGCGCUGGACGUAUUGAACAUAAAUCGUAUGCAGACCGGCAUAGACACGUACGGCCAAGGGAGAUGCCCGUUUUACUUGGAGCCGUCCGUUAUAGUUGUUAUAACAGACGGAGGAAAAUACACGACUAACAGCGGGGUACAUCAGGAUUUUACGUUGCCGAUGCAUUCGCCGAUACCCGGGUCUGAACUGACGAAGGAGCCAUUUAGAUGGGACCAAAGACUGUUCUCUUUGGUGCUGCGCUUAUCAGGGACACCGGCCGUUGAACGAGAUAUCGGCUUGGUGGCGAGCGACUCGUCGCCGAUAGACGCGAUGUGCGAAGUGACCGGAGGUCGUUCUUACUGCAUUACGUCGUUCAGGAUGAUGAUACAGUGCAUCGAUUCGCUGGUACAAAAGGUCCAGUCGGGCGUAGUGAUAAAUUUCGAAAAGAUCGGUCCCGAUCCACCGCUACUGACCAACGAGACCCCGCAACAUCAGGACGAGGAGGAGAACGAGGAGGACGGUAACUCGGCGAACGGGCCGCGCGCUCAGUAUCCGAACGCGUUGGCGCCGGGGAAUACGGCUUGGUAUUCCUGCAGACGCCUGAUCUACGUUCCGCGCUCGGCCCAGAAGGGUUUUGCGGUAGGCUUCUGGCCGAUCCCCGAGAGCUUCUGGCCGGAUCUCAGCGCCAGCUCGUUACCGCCACGAUCGGCGCAUCCAAAUGUCAAGUUCACGUGCACCAGCCAGGAGCCGAUGGUGAUCGAGAACCUGCCCUUCGACAAGUACGAGCUGGAACCGAGUCCCCUGACGCAGUACAUCCUGGCGCGGAAACAGCCGACGACAUGUUGGCAAGUGUUCGUCGCGAAUUCGUACAAGUCGAGCGAAGUGGGCCAUCCGUUCGGCUACUUGAAAGCUAGUACAAACUUGACUUGUGUUAAUCUCUUUGUCAUGCCUUACAACUAUCCCGUGCUGUUACCGUUGCUGGAGGAGCUCUUCAAAGUGCACAGGCAGAAACCGACGCCCGAGUGGAGGGCGCAGUUCCAGGGCUACAUAAGGACCAUGCCUACUUAUUACGCCGCCUCGUUGAGGAGAGCGUUAACCAGGAUGGGUGCGUCCGCGCCUCUGGCGCAAACCUUGAUACCAGAUAAUAUGGACAAUUCCUUGUCAUACAGUGUCUUAAAUUAUCUAAAAAGAUUGAAGAAUCAGGCCAAGAUCGAAUUUGAUCGGCUCUGUAACGAGGUCAUUUCCAAGCAGGUCGCCGCCUCGAAUCUUACGAAGAACUUGUCCAAUUGUACUACGAGCGUAAUAACGGAAGGGGUGAGAGUUAUACCGAAGACUCCGCUGAAGAAAGAUUUGGUGUCCCAUCCUUUGCUACAAGACAAAUUCACGGGUCUGCGCGAUCAACUGAACGAGUUCGGAGGUUUCGUCGUCGGGCUGGUGAAGAAUCAGCAGCAGCAGCGUGGCGCGCACAGCUACAGGAACGCCUUCGACGUACCGAGGAAGUCCCUGCUCGACCAAGUGGUUCGGAUGCGCGCGAAUUUCCUGCAGCCAGGCUUGUUGCAUACAAAGUUGCUCGACGACGACUACGUUCACUCGAUGCCUUUAGCCCAAAUGGGGAACUAUCAGGAAUAUCUGAAACGCAUGACUCCGCCACUGAGAGAGAUCGAAAGUGUGCCAGUUAGACAACAUAUGUUCGGCAAUCCCUUCAAGAUAGACAAGAGAAUGAUGGUAGACGAGGCGGAUAUCGACUUAGUCGGCGCGACGUCCUCGACGUCGAAGGGCGGUCUCAAGCGCACUCUGCCGCAGUCGGACAGCGUAGGCUCGUCUUCGCCUAGGCCGCCGCCUAACAAAAGGAAGCCCGGGCCCAUACCGAAAGACGUGAUCGUGCGACGGCCCUCGUACACGCUUACUCCGCCGAGUUCUCCGAUUCCCUGGGUGAUGGAAGACACGAAGAACCAGGUAGCGGUUACAGCAGCGGCGACAACAAUCGCCGAUACCAGCGUCCCGCCGAUCUUGCCCAGUUUGCCCAACGUAUCGCCGGGUCACGCGUCACUGCCGUGUUCGAGCGCGUCCGAAAAGUUGGUAAACGGUCUCACGGAGAUGCCGGUAAUACCGGUUUUCGAGCCGAUCCCGGUGGAGCACGUUAAUAAUCAUAUGGACACGCCGCCCGUUCUGACGCCGAUAGUUAACAACGUGGACACGAUAUCGAAGAGUGAUGUUAAAAGUGAACGGACAGAUAGCGUGAAGAACGAGUGUAGUCGGUUACCGGUUAACGAUUGCAUCGAGAAUAGCGUGCGAGUUGUGGAAAGUGUCGCUGAAGAGAGACUGACGAAUCACGUGGAGGAGAGACGCGAGCCGAAGACCGAGCGGGAGCGGAAGCCGACGAAGAAGGAACUGGAGGACAUCAGGCGACACAAUUUGAGCAUCCGGGAACUCGUUUACAAAGAGGUGCGGAGAAGAGGGAAAAAUUACGCAACACUGUUCUCACAGUUACAUCAAGUUCAGGGGACCCUAGAUAUUCGGCUUGCGUUUGUAAAAGACAUAGUAAAAGAAUCAUUACGCUUUAAACGACGUAACUUGGCGUCGCUGUUAGAAGAAUAUCUUAAAACCAUUCAAGAGGACGGUUGCGCUAUAAAUCACAAGCUGAAUCACAAUGGUGCCACGAAGAUAAGUUAAGAUACAUGCGUAAUCAGGGCAUUAUCUUAAUAGCGGCAAGGACAUGAAUCGCGAGGGAACUCUCGCGCAAGUUUUUGUCAGAGAUUUUAGUAGCGAUUUCGAUCUCGCCGAAAUAAGGCUACUUUCGAUAAUGGAGAGACCUGCGCAAAGUCCUGAGGUCUCAGCAAAUUUCAAUAGCAUUUUCGAUGUCAACCAUACAAGUUGUAUCACUUUAAUGCUUUGCUUUUAACUUUGUGAGUAAUCAAUAGAAAUGGUAUGUACAUAACGUGGUGCUCUGCAGCCAUGAAUUGCGGUAAUAGUUUAUUUACCAUUUCCAGUAACGCAAAACGAUAACGGAGCAAUAUUUGACCAUACUGUAUAUUGAAUUUUAUUAGUUUCUUAAUUGAUUAUAUUCGGAUCAGAUACCAAAUGUGGAUCGACAAUUUCAUGUAUCGCUGAUAAGCGACAUAAAAACACGUCGAUGCCUUGUAUGAUAUCGACAAUAGAGCAUAAAGUUGUAUAUAAAAGAGCAAAAUUUAAGUGAAUUACUUUAAACUGUCGCUUAUUAGCAACUCGUCAAAUUAUCGACCCGCAUUUGGUCAUCUUACCCUAAUCUUUCCCUAAAACUUAAUUGUUUUAAGCUUUAAUCUGAGAAGAGAAAUCUAGAAUCUUUUUCACCAUGGAUACUCGAAAAUAUCCUAAGUAAUAUACAACUUAACGUAAUUGCGCAACGUACUAAGUUCUUAUUCCUCACAAGUGGGUGUUCGUUACAUGUAAAUACAUUCGUACGCUCGUUUCAUCCUCUAUUAUGAUGUAAUUUUCCAUAAUCUCGGAAUUUUGCCGGAUAUCAUUUGGCGCAUAUAUUGAAAACGUCUUGGAUAAAAGUAUGCUGGCAUACAAGAUAAUAAAUUGCGGGUAAAGCGAAAUAAUAACGUAACGUAACAACUAUUAUCUGUCAUCAAAAUAUGAAUUCUCACAAAGAUUCGGAAGUACAAGUGCAAUCAAAUGAAUCAGCAAAAUUCUAUACAAUCCUCAGCGCCCAUGUCGAAUUUAGGACAGAAUAACUAUAUAUUACUCUUACACCUCAUGCAAUUUACAUUUCCUAUUAUAUUUAAUCUGUCUAUAGUCACUUGUGAUCUAUGCCAUUAAGUUUAAUAAAAUGCCAUAGUUUAACACUGUACCGAAUUGUCUGAAAAUUUUGUUGCGUACUUUGUUGAUGUAAAAACAAACCAAGAUCUGGCUUUAAAAUUAUAAUCGCGAUCUCUAUAUGUAUGAAGAUGAAAACAUAUCUUUUAUUAUUUCGUGAGGAAAGAGAGAUUGUAGAAAAUCGCACGUCAUGAAAGCAUUUAUCACUGUGUAAUUUACCAAAUUAAAAUAUUGGGAAAAAAAACGAAUGGAAAUUCUUGGUUACAGUGGAUUCUUUUUCUUACGCGAGUUGCAGCAUUAGCUCUCGUACCGCGAAACCUGUCGUAGAUAACUAUACCAAAAAUACAUUUGCGUACGUUUAAAUGAAACGCUAAACGCAGGUUUCAUUGUGAACGAAGGGUUGACAGUGCCUGAUGCUAUUUGAAAUUGAGAUAAUUUAUUCAACCCACUACGUCACCAAAAGCUUAUAAUUUAUUAUUUUAUUUUGCACAUAAAAAUGUAUGCGUGUAUAUUAAAAAAUUUUUAUUAUUUUUAAUUAUAAAUACGUUAAGGACGAUGUCGAGAGUACACAAAAUUUUAUGUUAUAUUGUACAAAAUCGAGAUAUCCAUGGGUCCUUUCCAGCAAGAGACACAGAUUGACACGGUGUAACAUAGAGAAUCAUUUUAUCCUUGUUUAAUAAUGACAUACAACAAAGAUGAAACGACUCUCUGUGUUGUGAUAUACGCGCGCGUGCGCACACACAUGCACAGGCGGGCGCGAGAAAUAAAGAAUGUAAUAAAUUUUGUAGUUAUUAAAAAGUUCCAACAAUUGCAUACUGU